CCGAGACGCAGGCCCCCCGCGCGCGCCUGCCGUCUCCGCGUCCUGCCAGCGCCGGGCCCGCGCCAUGGCCGCCUCGCCGGGCUCCGGCAGCGCCAACCCGCGGAAGUUCAGCGAGAAGAUCGCGCUGCACACGCAGCGGCAGGCCGAGGAGACGCGGGCCUUCGAGCAGCUCAUGACCGACCUCACCCUGUCGCGGGUUCAAUUUCAGAAGCUCCAGCAACUGCGCCUUACCCAGUACCAUGGAGGAUCCCUACCCAAUGUGAGCCAGCUGCGGAGCAGUGCGCCAGAAUUUCAGCCAUCACUCCAUCAGGCGGACAGCGUCCGGGGAACCCGCCACCACGGCCUGGUGGAGAGGCCGUCCAGGAGCCGCUUCCACCCGCUGCACCGGCGGCCCGGGGAGAAGUCUGGCCGGCAGUUCGAUGGAAGUGCUUUUGGAGCCAAUUACUCUUCACAGCCUCUAGACGAGAGCUGGCCGAGGCAGCAGCCUCCUUGGAAAGAAGAAAAGCAUCCAGGCUUCAGGCUGACAGCUGCACUUAACAGGACCAAUUCUGACUCUGCUCUUCACACGAGUGCUCUGAGCACCAAGCCCCAGGACCCCUACGGAGGAGGGGCCCAGUCGGCCUGGCCUGCCCCGUGCAUGGGUUUCUGCGAUGGCGAGAAUGAUGGACAUGGGGAAGUCAUGCCUUUUCCCGGCCCGGUGAAAGAAGAGAAUCUGUUAAAUGUUCCAAAGCCACUGCCAAAACAGCUGUGGGAGACCAAGGAGGUUCAGUCCCUGUCAGGGCGCCCUCGGUCCUGUGACGUCGGAGGCGGCAAUGCUUUUCCACAUAAUGGUCAAAACAUGGGCCUCUCCCCCUUCCUGGGGACCCUGAACACAGGAGGGUCACUGCCAGACCUAACCAACCUCCACUACUCGGCGCCCCUGCCAGCCUCCCUGGAUGCCAGUGACCACCUGUUCGGUGGCACGAGUAUGGGGAACAGCGUGGGCAACCUCCCGGCUGCGAUGACCCAACUGGGGAUCAGGAGCUCCUCCGGGCUCCAGAGCUCUCGGAGUAACCCCUCCAUCCAGGCCACGCUCAGCAAGAUGGCGCUGUCCUCGUCCCUCAACAGCCACCCGCAGACGUCGGCCGCCAGCGCGUCAGCCCUGCAGCCCUCGCUGCGGCUCUUCUCCCUCAGCAACCCAUCUCUGCCCACCACAAACCUGAGCGGCCCCUCUCGGCGCAGGCAGCCGCCCGUCAGCCCCCUCACGCUCUCUCCGGGCCCGGAAGCGCAUCCCGGCUUCAGCAGACAGCUGUCGUCCAGCAGCCCGCUGAACCCCUACCCCGCCUCGCAGAUGGUGUCCUCGGAUCGAAGCCCACUUGCCUUCCUGCCCACGGAAGCACAAGCCCAAGUGUCUCCACCGCCCCCUUACCCCGCCGCCCAGGAGCUGCCCCAGCCCCUCCUGCAGCAGCCCCCUGCCCAGGAGCCCCCCACCCCGCAGCCCCAGGCGGCUUCGUCCCUGCCACCGGCAGACUUCCAGCUGCUCGCGUCCCAGGGCUCAUCUUUGACCAACUUCUUCCCCGACGUGGGCUUCGACCAGCAGUCCCUGAGGCCCGGCUCAGCCUUCCCGCAGCAGGUGCCCCUGGUGCAGCAAGGCCACCGGGAAGCCCAGGACUCUUUCCACGUGAGACCAACCCUGUAUUCCAACUGCGGCACCUUCCCCAGCGCCCUCCUGACAGAAGACUCGAGCACCAGCCUGUUUAAAGACCUCAGCAGCGCCCUGGCAGGCGUGCCCGAGGUCAGCCUGAACGUGGACGCGCCGUUCCCCCUGGAGGAGGAGCUGCAGAUCGAACCCCUGAGCCUGGACGGACUCAGUAUGCUCAGUGACUCCAGCAUGGGCCUGCUGGACCCUGCUGUGGAAGAGACGUUCCGGACUGACCGCCUGUGACCCGGGACGCUCGGUACCUGCAGCGGCCAGACCAGCCCCCGGCCCGGGCGCCGUGCCCUGCCCUGCCCCAGGCCACGGCCGCGUGCGUGCUCAUCUCCGUGACCCGGCCGUCCGGUCGGCCCCCUGUGCGCACAGCCCUGCGCACACGCAGAGAAUCCACGUCACAGGAGAACCACUGAUCUCAGUCGCCUUGAAGACAGGGCCUGGGGCAGGAGGCAGCUGGGGGCCGCCGCCUGCAGCGAUGGCUUAGCACGUGCGGCCGGGGCCCUCGCUGGUCCAUCUGCCCUGGCCGGAGGAUUCCAGGGCUUAGCGGAGGGCGCCGUGAUUCUAGCUGGGAAGAGUUGGAUCCGGACCCAGGGCCAGGCUGGAGUUGAGAAACUGAGCCCUGCUUGUCCUCCCGUGGCCCACGGUCCCUUUGCUGCUGCUGCACCUGCCGUGUGGUCCUGGGAGCAGAGGAGCCUGAGCGGGGCGGGCACGCUGCACCCCCCCCCCAAACUGCAGCCAGUGCAGGCCUUCCUCCUGCGGGCCAGCGGCUGGGCCCCCCCGCCCCCCACAGCUGUUUCUCUGAGGAUCCGGGGUUCAGUGCAGCCCCGCUUGACCACAAGUGCCUAGCGGGCAGGGCCUGUGCCUUUCUCAGCCUGACACCAGCAAAGCCCCAGUGCCUGUCAGUGCUCGCGGCAGGAGCGUGCCCGUGCGGCUGCACCUGCCCCUGCCCUGCUUCCAGGCUGUCUAACCUGUAGCCGUCCUGCACCCUGCCAGAGCUCAGAGCCUGAGCUUUUCUGAGACUCGUGCCCACGGUUAGGUGAGACCCUCGACUGCGCAUCUAACCCGAGGUGACCGCAUCCAGGCCGACCCCGGCGCCCUCUCUCCCUCCCUGGGGUUCUACGCCAGGGCCGCCCGAGGUCUGGGGCCCGGCCCCUCCUGCCCAAGCCCCCACCUGCACUUCCCGCUCAGAUUUGUGUAGAGAGGUGCUUGGCAGUAAGAGGCCCAGCCCCGGGACCACCUUGGCCGUAAUGCCCUGAGGGACAGCGCGUGGCCAGCCUCUGCCUAGUGCGCGGGCUGGCCCCUGAACAGGAAGCUACAGCGGACAGAGCCCUGGAGGCCGGGUCUGGGCAGAGAGGAGACAGGUGGGGAGGAGAACACUGAAGGAGACAUGGAAGGCUCUGGAAGCUUCGCUUGAGCAGCCUCUGCCCUUCCAGGGGACUCAGGGAUGUCACCGUCAGUCGACCAGCUGCACCCACUCAGAAGCGAGGCCGUGCGCUCCCACAGCCCAGCUCAGCAGCCAGCCCAGAGCCCUCCCAGCCUCAUGGCCAGGGGCUGGCUUUGGUCCCAUCAGAGCGCCUUGCCCUGCCACGCUCCCCGGUGGACGGGAAGAAGCCAGCUCCCGGGUCUGAGCCCCCAACACCUGAGCUCGCCUCUGAGGCGCGCGGCGGGGGGGUGCUUGUGUUUUCAGUCUUGUUUCUCUGAAGAGCGCUGCUCCCGCUUCACAGCCGCGUGCCUCAUGCCUCGUGCCUUACCCACGGGGACCCUGCCGGCCCGCACCUGCCUGUACAGCAGUGGGGCCUUGCCGCCCACAGCCAGCGUCGCCCAUGGGUCCGUCCACCCGUGGGUCCGUCCGCGCAGUCCCUCUCUCCUCGGCAGAGGUUCUGGGCGCUGCACAGCCCGACUGGCCCUGCACCCGCCGCCGCUCCCUCGCGUCGCCGUCCCCUGUCCCCAGCGUGUGAAGUGCCCAGUGUUCUCCCCAGAAGUCGUCACUGCCCUCGUCCCGUUCACGGCAGCUAAGCCACGCGUGCUCCCGUCCUCCCCCGUGUGGCGUGGGCUCUGGGGCGGGGUGUCCCGCCUGCCCCGGCCCCGCCUCCCCUGCCACGCCAGUGUCCUGACGCCCGGGCCCCUGUUAACAAUAUUUAAAGAUUGGACUUUGUAUAAAGUAGCUUCCGGGUUUUAUAAUGCGUCAUUUUACAUCUUUCGUAAUUAAAGACAGCACGA